UCACUUUCUUAGAAAAUGAAAUACCGUUCUACUUCCGUGUGAGGGUGUUUAGUCAUUUCUCUAACUUCACGAUUAUGCCAAGACCACGCAAUCCUACUUCAAUCCUUCCUGAAAAUAUUUCACCAAUACCUUUAAGAGAUUUGUGCAAUUUGGAAAUAAGUUUUGAGCAAAUGAUUCUUGAUGGUGUCAACAGUCGAGAUUUGGAGGGAACGAUGCGAUGGCUUACAAAACACAACCUACUAGCGAACACGAGAAAUUGCGAACAGUGUCAAGAACCCAUGCGUCUUGUUGCAGAUGUCGCUAAAUAUCCAACAGACGUGAAGAAAUGGAAUUGUCGUAAGUGUAAGAAAGAAAAAUCGGUACGGGAAGGAUCUAUUUUCUCAAAAUCUAAAUUACCUCUUUACAAAGCUACUCAGCUGCUCUACUUAUGGUCAACCGACUGUCCUCGGAAAAUGCUAUUAAAUGAGAUACGAGUAUCGGAGCGUACGGUAGCGGGCUGGUUUGACUUUGUGGGUGAUAUUUGUCGUAGGUGUAUGCUUGUUCACGACAAAAAUCUCGGUGGCUUUGAUGAUGCUGGCAAUUAUUUCAGACAGACUUUCCCCACACCUCAUACAUUGGGAAAUCUUUUGUUUUGGAUUGCCACUUUCUAUUCUCUGUGAUCAUAUUCUGUGUAAAGAAACUUUUUUUUCCAAGAUUUCUUCGAUUUUGUCUAAGAAUGUUUUCUCUUAAGUUUACAAUUCAAUUUAUAAACUGGGUGAGGGAAGCAACGUAUUCAAAAUUAAGACCAUGGGAGAUGUAAAAAUCUGAUUUGGCUUUCCUGAAAUGCAUCAUUUCUACAAUUCCAAUUUUUAAUGUAUUUUCCCAAAAGUACAUUUAAGAUUCAUUUUUGCCUUGAAUAAGGAAGAUUCCAAUUUUGUAAAAGAAAAAGAAACUUAUUCCUUUUACUGUACAUAUGUAAUACUUCCUCUCGAGGAAAAUUUGUCACACAAAAUAUGUUUAGGUACAAGAAGGGAAUACGACUGUCAUAUUUAUAUAAGCAAAAGUAGUACAAAAAAUUAUAAACUAAACAAAAUUUUUGGGAAAAAAAUCAAAAUUAAAAAUUUUAAUGGAAUUUAUGAUUUACCUAGUUUAAAUAUUUUACUUAUUCGUUUCGGUAAAAUCUUUUACUAUUCCCCAUUAUUAUAAGUCCCAAUUUGAAUCACGCCGCUUUCCUCCCUUUAAAGUGUUGUUUACAUGUGUUACAACAUUUUUCACCCUUGAAAAGAAAAAAUUAAAACAUUUGAAAUUGUACAGAAACAUUCAGAAUUUAUUAUUUUUCAAAAAACGCUAUUCCAAUGUUUUCAUCUCAAAUGAUGACAAGUACAUAAAUAUAAGGGCGAUCAGUUUUUUACGGAAAUCGACGGAAAGGUCUACUAGAGACGAAAGAUUGCCAAUAUAAGUUUUGCAUGUUUUACUAUAAAACAGAGGACAUUUCGAAUUAGUUUCAUUAUAUAUUUUCUUUCUUUAAAUACUGAAAUAUGAAGAUAUUUGUUUCUUAAUCAUAUAUCUAUUAAUAGAAGAUAUUGCGUACGAUAAGAAGAUUACUCUUGACUAAAAGCAAAUUCCAAUACAAGUGAACUAAGUAACUUUUAUAUAGUCUUGGGUUGUUGUGAAGCCCCCAGAUCAGACCUAGUCAAUCUUAUGGCAUGCAGAUAGCCGUCCGACCGACGAGGUUAUAUCCAGAAGAUGUACGUUUCUAUUUAUUCCACGUCUCUGUGAAAUUGAAGACUAUAAGGCACACUCCGACACACAUCGAUGAAAUUGCACGGUAUAAACAGUCUGGAUAUAUCUAUAUGUCUAUAAAUUCUAGGUGGCUACUUCGGAGGUGAUCGAGUCGAUCUCAGAGUGCGACAAUUACUGUUUGUUCCUCUACACAUGACCGUGUUUGAUGUCGGUGAGUCUCUUGAUGUUGAUAGCAGAAACUUAACAUGUUUCGAAGAAUAUUUCCUUGUUGCCAACUUUUGUUUCACAAAAGUCAACUGUCGGCCAAAACUUCAGAAGAAUGUAAUUUUAUUUUAAAAUGUAUUAAAUCUAAUAGGUUCUAUAACACACUUUUGACAAAACAUCCUUCCAUACAAGCCACAACUAAGAGUUUGUUGUCACCUCUUGAGUUAUCUGAAACUUCCCUUUGUAGUUUUCCUAGCAAUGCCAAUCAGAUCUACCAUUCACUCUGUACAAAGAGCACAAAUACACUGCAAACCAAAAAGAGUAGUUUUAGUCAUAUGAACGUCUCCGGUAAAAUAAACAUGGUUGAUGUUGGUGAAAAAUCAGUGACUCAUCGUAUUGCCAAAGCAACUGGGGUUAUCUAUAUUGGUGAAACAGUAUUCAAACUCCUACAAGAAAAUGAACUUAAGAAAGGGUCAGCCCUUAUUGUUGCAGAUAUAGCUGGAAUAAUGGCAGCUAAAGAAACCAGUCGUUUCAUUCCAUUAUGUCAUAGCAUUCCUGUGGCUAAAGCAGAGUUAACUUUUCAAAUGAAUGAAGCUGAAUACUGUGUGCGUGUAACAUCAGAAGUCCAUACGGUGGCUCAGACAGGAGUUGAAAUGGAAGCUUUAAUGGCAGUAUCUGUGAGUUUGCUCACCAUAUAUGACAUGUGUAAAGCAGUUAAUAAAAAUAUGGUUAUUAGUGAUAUUAAGCUUCUCUCAAAGACUGGAGGUAAAACUGACUUCAAUGCUUCAUAUGAUGAAAAAGAAAAUACAAUAUAAAUGUAUAUAAAUGUUAUAACAAUAAAAAUUUUUAAUUUUGUUUUAAA